CCUUAUACGUAUUAACACAUUUGAGAAACAAUAAGAAAAUCAGCACCUAUAGUACAAAUGCAUUUCUACGUCGUGUUCCUGGUUAUUCUGGAAUUGUUUGGAGUAAUCCCAUCAGCACACCGCCGUGAGAGGAGAACUAUAUGCCUGUGCCAAAUAGCGCCUUGGUUCCCGGAAACCUACAACGUACAGUGCGCCUGUGGUUGCCGUGGUUUGUUUGACGGAGGAAAGUGUUGUUUGCGUUGUCCUGUUAAAACCAAAUCGUCUGAUGAUGAGGCUGGGUGUUUCCAUGGUGAUGCUCAGCUCGUACUUGACGACGGCAAGAUGAUUAAAAUGGAGGAUCUUAAAGCUGGACACAGGGUUCUAACAGUUCAAGACGGUCAGCGUGUCUAUUCUGAAGUAAGGACUUUCUUGAAACGUCAGCCCAACAACAAUGGCACAUACUGGACAUUGACAACAGAACAAGGCAAUCACGUGACGAUGACUGGCAACCACAUCAUCUUUGUGUCACGUGACAACCAGUCUACUAACAUGGAAUCUGGUUUUGCGAUGACUGUGAAACCAGGUGAUUACAUCUUCUCGACAAAAGGAUGCCCACAUGGUCUUUGCCCAGAGCGAGUAGUUCAAGUCUCCAUUGGUGUCAAGGAAGGUCUGUACGUCCCACUGACAGACGCAGGGACACUUGUUGUGGACGGAAUGUUGGCGUCGUGUUACUCGUUCACAUACCACGACCUCGAACACUUCUUCGUGACACCUUUCAGGUGGUUUCCAUGGUUGCUGCAUCCAUGGCAACAGGACGGCUACAGUCCAAUAAUGUCUGGACUGGAAUAUUUAGGAGAACUGUUUCUACCCGGUACAAUAAAAACACUCAGUUAAAGGUGUGUUGCCGGUUUAUGCUAAUAAAUCGCCUUUGUUGACUGAAUUGGAAUUUAAGGAUCACGGAUCUGUUGUUAAAAUUGUAUCCAGCUUAACCAGUGGUUAAGAGAAAAAGUACAAAACUAGAUAUUAAAUCCGUACAAAUAUCA